AGAGGAAUUGUCAGAAGUACAUACAUCGUACAUAGUCGUAUAGUUAUAUUUUUUUCUUUUAAGGCCUUCUGUUCUCAUAUACGUUGACAUUCACGAUUUCUUUUUCUUCCAACAAUGGCAAAUAUAUAUUCCGCAUCGCGCGAUUACACGAAACCGGCUAUUGAUCAACGAGUUGCCGAGUUAUUGAAGAGGAGGAUUGGUGCACGGGAAGAUUUACCCACGGAGAGUACAAAAGAGCGACUUGCAAAAUUCAAGGAAAUUCGUAACGCUAGGCAGGGAUUAUUAAAGAUUACGCAUCGACAUGUCCUAGAGACAGUGGCAUAUAUUCUAAACAUAGGUACCGAGGUCUUGGAAGAAGGAAUUCUCGACAAAGACGAAUAUGUGAAUGUAUUUAACAGUUUUUUCACUGAAGGUGGAAGACAAGCAAUCGUUGUAUACCUUCAACCUAUGAGUCCUCCGACAUUUGAUUCAGGCCGAUGGACGCCGCAACUUAGCAAAGAACAGCAAGUUAUACGCUGUUGCAUAACAGAUGGUACUACCGAAGAAUUCUCAGGCAGAUGCGUUAUAGUUUAUCGAUUAAAAUCAAAUAUGGAAUUUGGAAUCAAACAGUUGCUCGAUGAAACAUAUUAUGCAUAUGCGGAGGUAGAUCCCACAUCACGAUGUGUGCUGGCAGGAAUAUCUGAUUUAAUUUCACGUUUGCAUGUACGAACGUUAACUGCUAAUACGCAAUGGGGAGAAUUGUCGAAGAGCGAGAUUGGAGAAAAGAUGAAAGACAAUUUUAUAGGCAAUUUUAAAGAUUUUUGUGAAUUCCUUAGUAUGACGAAGAUAGAUUUGGAAAAUGUUGUAUGUUUUCAAGUCAAUUGGGACUUGUAUCAGAAAUGUUUAGCGCAACCUGAAAACAUUAGAAAGAACAUUCGUAAACUGGACGUUAUUGCAGCAGCAGAAGCUGAUGUCCGAAUGUGGAUGAAGCUGAUGGAAAGGGCCAUUGUUGAAAGUCAACAGUUGCGCAGGGAAACCGAAACUGUGGGACCAACUGCAGAACUUACGUACUGGCGUCGAUUAUUGGGCCAGUUUUCGUCAAUAAUGAAUCAUAUAAAAUCUUCCUAUGCACAAGCAUUUAUACAAUUGCUAACGGAAGCGAAGUCAAAACUCGUCAAAAAAUGGAAGAUAUUAGAAGAUCACGUUACAACGGUGCAUAUUUUGUCUCAAGAUAACGUGAAGUAUCUAUACGCCUUAGAGAAAUUUACACAGCCGUUGUACAGAUUAGAUCCUACGAAAAUAGGGGAUUACUUACCUGCGCUCAUGUAUGCUAUAAGGAUGAUGUAUGCGACAUCACGAUUUUUCAAUACAAGGAAGAUGGUAACUGCUGUGUACGUAAAGAUAACAAAUCAAAUGAUAUUAGCAUGUAAAGUAUAUUUAACGGAAGACGGAAAAAUAAGCGUUUGGAAUGAAUCGAAAUGUACUAUGAUAUCUAAAAUAAAGAAUUGUAUUAAGCUUUGUGAAAUAUAUCAUAACUGUUACGACGAUAUGUGUAAGAAGGUCGAGGAAUCUUCAGACGAGAAUCCUUUCGAAGUAUCUGAAAUGUACGUUUUUGGGAAGUUUGCUACUUUUAAAACAAGAAUAAUAAAAAUCAUGGACAUCCUUGAGACAACACGAAUGUACUCUAUCCUACACAGUUCGACUAUAGAAGGAAUUAGUACAUACGCACAAAAGUAUAUGGAUCAUUUUGAAAAGAUUUCUUCACAAAACUACGAUCCCUUGGAUCAUAGGAAACCUUAUUUCGAUACUGAUUACGAUGAAUUUAAAAAAAGCGUAGCCGAAAUUGAUGUGGAGCUUAGAACGUUUUUUCACAACUGCGUUUCUCUUAUGCCAAACGUAACGCAGAGUCUAAAUUUGAUAGCUAGGUUUCAAAAAUUGAAUCUCAAGCAACUGAGAAUUGAUAGGAAAUGCAUGGAACUCAUCUCAAUGUUCGAACAAGAGAUCGAAGAUAUUCGCGACAUAUACAAUGAAAAUAGAUCCGAUCCACCUAUACCGAGGAAUAUUCCACCCAUCGCAGGUAGAAUUUUGUGGGUCCGCCAAUUGUAUAAACGCAUUGAAGUUCCUAUGAAUAUGUUUAAAUCAUAUCACAGAGUGAUUACGUUUGAUUCUAUGCAAAAAUGUAUUAAGAUAUAUAACAUUCUUGUCAACGUCUUUAUUCACUAUGAGUUAAUAUAUUAUAAAGCGUGGUAUGAUUCAACUAACAUUGUUUGUCUGGCACUAUCAUCCCCUUUGUUCGUGCGUCAUCCAAAGACAAAUAAGUAUUGUCUGAAUUUCGAUUCUUAUAUUUAUGAAGUGAUACGAGAAUCGGAAUAUAUGUCCAAAUUCGGAUUAGAAGUGCCGGAUUUUAUACAAAUUUUAAUCUUUUGCAAAGAAAAGAUAUUUUUAUCCUAUGAAAGAGUGAAGAAAUUACUUAAGAAAAAUGACGCUCUUAGAAAGUCUAUCCCGAUCUUAUUUUUAAAUCUAAUGAAACCAGCACUCGUCAAUCUUGAGAUUGCUUUUCAACCCUGUGUAUCGGUAGUUACAUGGUCCUCGUUAAAAAUUUCUAAUGCAUGCGCUAAAUUAGAAGAAGAGAUAAAAAAUGCGCAGAUAAUCGUAAAGGAGGUGGUAGACAUGAAGGAAGCAAGAGUGGAUGAAGUACUUGAGUCUAUUGCAGAAAUGAUAUUAUUAAAACUAGACGAUUACCCGAAAAGCCCAGAACAACUUUUGGCCGAUAACACAGAUUUUAGAGAUAAAAUAGCAAUUGACUUGGAAAUCAAAUCUUCGGUGGCAGAAAAGGCUGUUAUUAUGAUUAUUAAUAAAUUUAUUGAUCUUAUAAGUGAUCCCACUGUGCAAAAUAUUAAAUACAAUUGGAUGGAUCCUGAGAGAAUACACAGACAAAUUGGAUCUGAAAGCAGAUUAAUACAAGGACCAUUCGAACCGGGCUUUGGUUACAUUGAAAGAACAAGCAAAGUUAAGAUAAGUCAAGUGCAUAAUGAUUGCAUAGAACUUUUUGCAUAUUAUAAUAAUAAAUUAACAGAGGCUUUAGUAAAGUGUACUAAAAACUCGUUAGACUUAUUAAAGAAGAAAGCAACCGUUAUGAGUGUGUUAGUUGAAGAUAUUGCAAUAGACCAAGAAAUUCCAAUUAUGAUGACAUAUUUUGUUUUACAAAUACCGAAUAUAAUAAUUAGCCCUUCAAUAGAAGAAUUGCAAAGUCAUUUUAGCAAAGUUAUAACAAAUAUUAUAGAAACACAUAAGAAAGUGUUUAUGUGGGGACAACGAUAUUCUACAAAUGCAAAAGCUAAACCACUUGAAAACCUGCCCAAUACCUACUUUCAAAGCGUGUUUGAUCAUAAAGAUAUAAUCCGCAGUUCAAUGAGUUUGCAAGGCUUAAUAUUAAUAUUAAGAGAUGAUGUCUCCAAAGUUGGCAACUCAUAUUUACGAUAUUCUUACAUAUGGGCAGAAAAUAGAAAUGAGAUUAUACAAUCUUUUAUUGACUCAAAACCUCUUUUACAAGAAAUCAAAGAAAAAUUUCUAGAAUAUGAAGACUUAAUGACAGAAAUAAAAAAUUUACCUGACCGGCAUAUACUAGGUCCUCUUCAAAUUAACACAGAUAAAUUAAAAUUAGCUUUCCUUGUUGAAGCAAAUGCAUGGAAAAAGUCAUUGGGCAUCCUUUUAUCAAAUAAGUACAAGGAGAAAUUACGAAAAAUAACAGAUUACAUUUUUGAUAAAAAUAAAGUUCUUGCUAGGCAUAUUAAAGAUUUAGAGGAUGUUAGAGUCGCAAUGAAAUGCUUGGGAGAAAUACGAGAUAAUUUCGUAUCAAUAGACAUGGAAUUAAUAUUGAUUGAAGAAACUUAUACAUUAAUGGGAAAAUUUAAUGUAGAUAUAUUAAAAGAAGAUCAAGAUAUAGUAGAUGGACUCAGAUAUAAUUUUAGCAACUUGCUCAAUACAGCGAAGCAAGUUCAAGCAGUAAUAUGUGAAAUGCAAGAACCAUUGAAAAAAGAACUUGUUGAGGGAGUUGCAGUUCUUAAAAAGAAGGUAGCUCAAUUUGACAUUGAUUUUGAACUCAAUGGUCCAAUGGUUGAAGGAAUACCCGCAAAAGAAGCUAGCGAACGACUUAUCUUGUUCCAAGCGCGUUUUGAAGAACUGUGGGAAAGAUACGAGACUUACAGCAGUGGUGAAAGCUUAUUUGGUAUAGAAGUAACCGAGUACCCGGCUCUACAACAGAGAAAAAGAGAAACUAAUUUAUUACAAAAAUUAUACACGUUAUAUUUGCAAGUUAUGCACACUAUUGACAGUUAUUAUGACAUUCCAUGGUCUGAAAUUGAUAUUGAGUCAAUUAUAACUGAAUUAGCUGACUUCCAAAACAAAUGUCGAAAGUUACCUAAAGCUAUGAGAGAAUGGCCCGCUUACAUCGAUUUAAAAAAAAAGAUCGACGAUUUUAAUGAAAUGUGCCCAUUGUUAGAGAUGAUGGCUAAUAAAGCCAUGAAAAAUAGACAUUGGGAAAAACUAUCUAAACUUUGUAAAUAUUUCUUUGAUGUGGAAUCUGAAACGUUUACCUUAGCAAACGUUAUGCAGGCACCUUUAUUGAAAUACAAAGAUGAUGUGGAGGAUAUAUGUAUUAGUGCAGUGAAGGAACAAGAUAUCGAGUUUAAAUUGAAGCAGAUAAUUGCGGACUGGGCGGUUAUAAAUCUGCAAUUUGCUCUCUUUAAGCAGAGAGGCGAAUUACUGCUGAAAGGCAUUGAAACGGCUGAAAUAAUAGCACAACUGGAAGACAGUUUAAUGAUUAUAAGCUCUUUGCUGGCAAAUCGUUACAACGCACCGUUUAAGAAAGAGAUUCAGUUGUGGCAGACCAAACUUAGUAAUACGUCGGAAAUAUUGGCGAAAUGGUUAACUGUGCAAAAUCUGUGGGCUUACUUGGAAGCAGUAUUUAUUGGCGGCGAUAUAUCGAAGCAAUUGCCUACUGAAGCAAAACGCUUUAAUACUAUUGAUAAAGCUUGGAUCAAGCUUAUGCUUCGUGCUCAUGAGAAAUUAAAUGCAGUGGAAACGUGUACCGGAGAUGAAACAAUGAGUCAGUUUUUACCUCAUAUACUGGAACAGCUGGAAUGGUGUCAAAAAUCUCUUAGCGGCUAUUUGGAAACCAAGAGAGUUAUUUUUCCAAGAUUUUGUUUUAUAUCGGAUCCUACUUUGCUGGAGAUACUCGGGCAAGCAGCGGAUUGUCACACAAUACAGAAUUAUCUUGACGGAUUCUUCGAUAAUGUAUCAAAACUAAAGUUUUCCGAAAAAGAAUAUGACAAAAUUGUAGCAAUGUAUUCACGGGAAGACGAACAAAUUGUGUUGGAAAAAGAAGUCGCAUGUACAGGAGGCGUGGAGAACUGGUUAAACGUUCUGUUAACAAUCCACCAGCAGUCCGUUGGCGCUGUGAUUUCCCUGGGAUUGCAAUCACUUCGUACAUCUGAAUUUGACAUCUUGUUAUUGAUAGAAAAUUCCAUUUUGCAAGUGGGUUUAUUAGCAUUACAAGUUUUAUGGACACACGAUUCCGAAAUAGCAAUUACGACAGCCAAACGUGAUAGAACGAUAAUGAAAAAGACCAAUCGAUGGUUCCUGGAUUUGCUAAACAGUCUUAUAGAAAUAACUGUUAAGGAUCUUACAAAAUAUGCCAGAAUAAAAUACGAAUGUUUAAUAACGAUACACGUACAUCAAAGAGACAUCUUUGAUGAGUUAUGUCGUCUCAGAAUUCGAAGUAUACAUGACUUUGAAUGGUUGAAACAAUGUCGAUUUUAUUACAAUGACGAUUCAGAAGAAGUCCCAGUCAAGAUAACUGAUAUAGAAUUUGUUUAUCAAAAUGAAUUCUUGGGUUGUACAGAUCGACUUGCAAUUACGCCGCUCACAGACAGGUGUUACAUAACACUAGCGCAAGCUGUAGGAAUGAAUUUCGGCGGGGCUCCCACAGGUCCCGCUGGCACGGGUAAAACAGAAACGACGAAAGACAUGGGAAAAGCGCUGGGAAAAUAUGUCGUUGUUUUUAAUUGCUCCGAUCAAAUGGAUUUUCGAGGUUUAGGAAGAAUAUUUAAAGGCCUAGCACAAUCAGGUACCUGGGGAUGCUUUGACGAAUUUAAUCGAAUUGAUCUAUCAGUAUUAUCCGUCGCCGCACAGCAAAUAGCAAUCAUAUUCAAUACGCGAAAAGAGAGAAAGACAACUUUCUUAUUCAGUGAUGGCGAAACAUAUAAACUCAAUUAUGAAUUCGGAAUAUUUAUUACAAUGAAUCCCGGAUACGCUGGUCGACAAGAAUUGCCCGAAAAUUUGAAAAUACAAUUUAGAAGUGUAGCGAUGAUGGUUCCUGACAGACAAAUCAUAAUGCGAGUGAAACUUGCCGCGUGUGGCUUCAAAGAGAACGUACUAUUAGCGCGAAAAUUUUUUAUAUUGUACAAAUUAUGCGAAGAGCAACUCAGCAAGCAGGUACAUUACGAUUUUGGAUUAAGGAACAUUUUGUCAUGCUUACGCACACUUAGUGCUCAGAAACGUGCGAAUCCCAUCGAUUCCGAAGAAACCACACUUAUGAGAGUACUAUGCAAUAUGAAUUUAUCAAAAUUAGUGGACGAAGAUGAGCCUCUUUUCAUGUCGCUUAUCGAAGAUAUGUUUCCGGGUAUAAAGUUAACAACACAGACGUAUAAAGAAUUACAGAAAGCAAUAGAAAACGCUACUGACGCUCUUAACAUAAUAAAUCAUAAAGAAUGGAACUUGAAAACUGUUCAGUUAUACGAGACGUCGCUUGUUCGCCAUGGUUUGAUGGUCCUUGGACCAACAGGAUCUGGUAAAACACGAUGCAUGUGGGCGUUAAUGAGGGCUCUAACAGAGAUGGGAAUGCCGCAUAAAGAAAUCAGAAUGAAUCCAAAAGCAAUAACUGCAUCUCAAAUGUUUGGAAGACUCGAUGUUGCGACGAAUGAUUGGACAGAUGGUAUAUUCUCCAUUAUAUGGCGAAGAUCCACACAGACAAAGAAGACGGAAAACUUAUGGAUGGUACUAGACGGUCCCGUUGACGCAGUAUGGAUUGAAAAUUUAAAUUCUGUCCUGGAUGACAAUAAGACAUUAACAUUGGCAAAUGGUGAUCGUAUUAUAAUGGCACCAAAUACUAAAUUAGUAUUCGAACCUGACAAUGUGGAUAAUGCGUCACCAGCGACUAUAUCACGCAUGGGAAUGGUAUUUGUCAGUGCCUCUGUGCUAAAAUGGAAUUCAAUUUUAGAGGGUUGGCUUAGGAAAUGUUCAAGCAAUGAGGCUCGAGUGUUACGCACGUUAUUUGAUCAAAUAUAUGGAGAUGCCCACACAUUUGUUCAAACAAAGCUCCAAGCUAAAAUGAUGAUUUUAGAAGCGCUUUAUAUACGACAGUGUAUUGACUUAUUGGAAGGUUUAAACGUCGGAAAUUCUGACCCAACCAAAACAUUAUUAGCUGAAUACCAUAUCGAGAAGCUAUUUUUGUUUUCUCUUAUGUGGAGCUUGGGUGCAAUGUUAGAACUAGACGGUCGACUUGCACUACAGGAAUAUCUUAUAAAUCAUGAGUCACAUUGUAACUGGCCGAAAUGUAUAGAAGAUGAAACUAUUUUUGAAUAUCUAGUAUCAGAUGAUGGAAAAUGGAUGCAUUGGAGUAAAAUGGUUCCAAAAUUUGAAUAUCCGUCAGAUCGUGUCUUGGAAUACCAUACUAUUCUUGUUCCGAAUGUCGAUAAUACGAGGACCUUAUAUUUAAUUGAUAUUAUAGCGAGGCAGGAAAAGGCAGUACUUUUAAUAGGGGAAGCCGGCACCGCAAAAAGCAUGAUGAUGAAGAGUUACAUGUUUAAGCACGAUCCCGAAUAUCAUUUGAAUAAGUUUUUUAAUUUUUCUUCAGCAUCCACACCUAACAUGGUUCAACGUGUAUUCGAGAGCUAUGUUGAAAAGCGAGUGGGCACCACUUAUGGUCCUCCUGGUGGACGAAAAAUGACUAUUUUUAUCGAUGAUAUAAAUAUGCCGACCAUAAACGAAUGGGGUGAUCAAAUUACGAACGAGCUCAUACGUCAGUUAAUGGAGUACAAAGGGUUCUACUCCUUAGAUAAGCCUGGCGAUUUUUGUACUAUGCAAGAUAUUAUGUUACUUGCCGCGAUGCAUCAUUCGGGUGGUGGUCGAAAUGACAUACCAGAGCGAUUGAAACGGCAAUUCAAUAUUUUUAAUUGCACGCUACCGUCCAAUAAGUCCAUGGAUACAAUUUUUAGUGUCAUCGGUCAAGGCUACUUUUGCCUUACGAGAUUCUCCGAAACCAUAGUUAAUUUCUUGCCGAAGCUCAUAUCUUUAACUCGAUUAUUAUGGCAGAAUACUAAAGCAAAAAUGUUACCGACUCCGGCCAAGUUUCACUACGUCUUUAACUUACGUGAUCUUUCUCGCAUCUGGGAGGGAAUGCUCAGGAUACAGAGAGCCGAGUGCGAGUCUAUAACGACACUGCUGAAAUUAUGGAAGCACGAAUGCACACGCGUGAUAGCGGAUCGCUUUAUCACCGCCGCCGACAAAGAAUGGUUUCAAAAUACAUUGUGGCGAAUCGCGGAGAAGAUAUUGGGUCCGGAUUUUCAAUAUUAUUCCCAAGUUGAGACGUACUUCGUUGACUUUUUGCGCGAACCACCAGAACCGACAGGUGACGAGCCGGAAGAUUUUAUAUUAGAGGCACCAAAGGUUUAUGAGGAGAUACCCAGUUACGAUGUCGUUAUUGCGAAAGUUCAACAAAAUAUGGAACAAUUUAAUGAAUACAUACGCGGCAUGCAUCUCGAUCUGGUCUUCUUUCACGAUGCUCUGGUGCACUUGAUACGAAUAUCAAGAAUACUUGGAGUUCCCAGAGGCAAUGCGUUGCUGGUAGGUAUAGGGGGAUCCGGCAAGCAGAGUCUGACGCGACUGGCAUCCUUCAUUGCAGGAUAUAACUUCUUUCAAAUUACGUUAUCCAGAAUUUAUAACGUAGCUAGUUUGAUGGAUGAUCUACGAAAAUUAUAUCGUUCCGCUGGCAUUGACAGCAAAGGAUUAACUUUUAUUUUCACCGACAACGAAGUAAAAGAUGAAGCCUUUUUAGAAUAUAUAAACAACAUAUUAAGCGUUGGCGAAGUGGCCAAUCUUUUUCCAAAGGAUGAAUUAGAUGAGAUUUUGACAACUGUCACGCCGUUUAUGAAAAAGACUGAUCCCCGACGACCUCUAACGCAAGACAAUCUUUACGAUUACUUUAUAUCGAAAGCGAGAAAUAAUCUGCAUAUAGUUUUAUGCUUUUCACCAAUCAGUGGAAAGUUUAGAUCUCGGGCGUUAAAAUUUCCUGGCCUUAUAUCUAGUUGCACGAUAAAUUGGUUUUCGAGCUGGCCAAAAGACGCACUGUACGCGGUCGGCGAACAUUUCUUAGGUACAUAUAAAGUUAUAUGCAGCCCGGAAGUAAAGCAACAAUUAAUGCAUGUUGUGGGCGAUAUUCAAGAUGAUGUAAGCGAUACCUGCACAGCAUACUUCGACAGAUUUCGACGUCAAAUAUAUGUGACACCGAGGUCAUUUUUAACGUUUCUCGACAGUUACAAAACGCUUUACAAGCAACGUUUGGAUAAUAUUAAUACACUUACUUCUCGUAUGAGUAGCGGUUUAAAUAAAUUAAUUGACGCAGCGGCUCAGGUCGACGUGUUACGGCACGAAUUGGAAAAAACUCAAGAGGAAAUUGCAGCAAAAAAUAUUCAAGUGGAAGCGAUUCUUGUUACUGUGAAUGAAAAAAAAAGAGAAGCUGAAGAUGUGAAAGCGAAAGUGCAGGUAUCAAAGGAUGAAGCGGAGAAAAUUCUGAAAGUGAUAGCAAAGGAUAAGGCAGUAGCGGAACAGAAGUUGGAAGCUGCGGAGCCUGCUCUGUUGGAAGCCGAAGCUGCAUUGCAGACCAUAAAAGCAGUAGACAUUGCUACCGUUCGUAAACUGGCUAAACCACCGUACUUGAUUACGCUCAUAAUGGAUUGUGUUCUGAUUCUAUUCGGACGGAAGCUAGAAUCAGUUAAACUCGAUUAUGAACAUCAAUUUCUACAACCUUCGUGGUCGGAAUCGUUAAAGGUCUUGGCCGACACCAGAUUUUUAUAUAAUUUACAAAAUUUUCCAAAGGAUAAUAUUAAUGCCGAAACUGUUGAUUUAAUGAUGCCAUAUUUAAACUUUCACAUGUACACUUACGAAGCCGCGAAGCAAGCCUGUGGAAAUGUUGCGGGACUCAUACAAUGGACCAUCUCCAUGAUCGCCUUUUAUGAAAUAAAUAAAGAUGUACUGCCUUUGAAGGCAAAUCUUUUUGUACAAGAAAAUAAAUACGAGAUAGCCAACAAAAAUUUACUCGAGGCAGAAGAAUUGUUGAAAGAAAAAGAUGAUGCUUUAAAGAUAGUGCAAAAUGAAUUUGAUGCCGUGAUGCGAGAACGACAAAAAAUUAUCGACCAAGCUGCAGCUUGCCAAGCGAAAAUGGAUAUUGCGUUUGCUAUGAUUGAAGGAUUAUCUGGAGAAAAAAUAAGAUGGACGGACCAAGUGACUACAUUUAAAUCAGAAACAGAACGUCUCGUUGGAGAUGUGUUGGUGUUAACUGGAUUUCUUUGUUAUUGCGGGCCAUUUAAUCAAGAAUUCCGAGUUCUUUUGCAAAAGAAAUGGUUCGACUUCAUACAAGACAGAAAGAUCCCAAUUUCUGUUACUUUAAACAUUGUUAAUGUGUUGACAGAUACAGCUAUGAUUGGCGAUUGGAACUUGCAAGGUCUUCCAACCGAUGAAUUAUCCGUACAAAAUGGGAUAAUUGUAACGAAGGCAUUAAGAUAUCCUUUAUUGAUCGACCCUCAAUUGCAGGGUAAAACAUGGAUUAAAAAUAAAGAGAAAGGGUUUGAUUUACAGGUAACAUGGUUCAGCCACAAAUAUUUCAAAAAUCACCUGGAAGAUUCGGUAUCGAUAGGACGACCAUUAUUGAUCCAAGAUGUAGGGGAAGAAAUAGAUCCAGUGUUAGAUAAUCUGUUAGAAAAGAAUUUUAUAAAAAUUGGAACCUCUUUUAAGGUUAAAUUAGGAGAUAAAGAAGUAGAUAUCAGCAAAGAUUUCAGACUGUAUAUCACGACGAAAUUACCUAAUCCUUUUUACACUCCAGAAAUAUUUGCUCACACGUCUAUAAUCGAUUUUACUGUUACGAUGAAAGGUUUAGAGGAUCAAUUGUUAGGAAGAGUCAUUUUAUCAGAAAGGGAGGAGUUGGAGACAGAGAAGAAACAAUUGAUUGCUGACGUUACUGCAAAUAAUAGAAAAAUUAAAGAAUUAGAAACGAAUCUUCUACACAAAUUGGGAACUGUACAAGGUUCUUUGAUAGAAGACGUUGAAUUAAUGUCGGUAUUAAAUACCACCAAGCAAACAGCGGCGGAGAUAAAUAGAAAGCUGAAUAUCGCAAAAGAAACGGAGCUAAAAAUCGAUGUAGCACGUGAAGAAUUCCGACCGGUUGCAACGCGCGGUAGCGUUUUAUACUUUCUGAUAUGUGACAUGCCACAUGUCAAUUCCAUGUACCAAACGUCCCUCGUUCAAUUUUUAGAGCGAUUUGAUAUCUCAAUGGCUAGGUCCGAGAAAAGCCCAGUUAAUCAGAAAAGGAUAUAUCAUAUCAUUGAAUAUUUGACUUACGAUAUAUUUAAACAUAAAGCACGCGGACUUUACGAGAUACACAAAUAUAUGUUUAUUUUGUUGAUGACGCUAAAAAUUGAUCUACAACGUGGCAGCAUCACGUACGAGGAAUUUCAGUAUCUCAUUAAAGGCGGCGCAGCAUUGGACUUAAAAGCAGUCGAGCCGAAACCUUGCAAAUGGAUCACGGAUGUGACAUGGCUUAAUCUAGUUGCACUGUCGUCACUACGACAAUUUCAGUAUAUCGUGUCUCAAGUAUCCGCUUCUGAGAAAGUUUGGAAACAUUGGUUUGACAAAGAUGCACCAGAGGAGGAAGUUAUACCAGAUGGUUAUCACGCGUUAGAUUCAUUCCGUCGAUUGCUCUUGAUAAGAGCUUGGUGUAUGGACAGAGCGUUGUCGCAAUCAAGGAAAUACAUAGCAUCUUCUUUAGGGGCGAAAUAUGCAGAACCCGUGAUUACGCGUCUCGACGUAAUGCACAACGAGUCAAGACCAAAUACACCGAUGAUCUGUUUCUUAAGCUUGGGGUCGGAUCCUACCCCUAGCAUCGAGCAGCUUGCAAAGAGAAUGGAAAUCGUUUGUAGAAGCAUAUCGAUGGGACAGGGUCAGGAAGUCCAUGCUCGUCGACUGCUCAGUAGCGCCAAAACCGAAGGCUUUUGGACUUUAUGCCAGAAUUGUCAUUUAAGCUUGGAGUACAUGGCGGAAUUGGCAAACUUUCUUUUAGAAAUGGAAGCGCCGCAUCCGGACUUUCGCGUAUGGAUAACGACAGAGCCGCACAAAGACUUUCCUGUUUCCUUACUGCAAAUGUCUAUAAAAUAUACAUACGAACCUCCGCAAGGAAUACGCGCGGGUUUAUUGGCGACAUAUAGUAGUAUGAACCAGGAAAUGUUAGAUCAGUGUGACGCCGCGCAAUAUAUACCGCUAAUAUACUCCGUGUCAUUCCUGCACACCGUCGUUCAGGAAAGACGGAAGUUCGGUUCUCUGGGAUGGAACGUACCCUACGAAUUUAAUUUGGCGGACUGGCUGGCUUCUUGUAUGUUUAUAAAUAACCAUCUGAAUGACUACAAUCCAAAACGCGGCAUAAAUUGGCAGAGCGUGCGUUAUAUGAUAGGUGAGGUGCAAUACGGCGGACGCGUUACAGACGACUAUGACAAGAGACUGUUAAAUACCUUCGCGAAAGUAUGGUUUACGGAAGCGCUUUUCGCGGAAGAACGUUUUGUUUUCUACAAGAAUUAUCCGCUCUUGAUAUAUAAACAAGUGAACCACUAUAUGAAGGCGAUAGAUGGCAUGAGUCCCAUUGAUCCGCCGCAAGUCUAUGGCUUACAUCCGAAUGCGGAUAUUACAUACCAGAGUAACACCACACAGACUGUGCUGGAUCUAAUAUUGUCCGUGCAGCCGAAAGAAGCGGGUGUUGCUGGUGCGGAGUCCCGAGAAGCAGUUGUUGCGAGGCAAGCGAAGGAGAUGCUAGAAAAAGUUCCGACACUGUACGAUAUGUUUGAAGUUAAAGAAAGACUGCAUGCAAUGGAUCACACUGCUCCAAUGAACAUUUUCUUAAAACAAGAGAUCAACAGGAUACAGAUGGUUAUAAAAUUAAUACGCGUUAUGCUCAAGGAUCUUCUGUUGGCCAUAGAAGGCAUAAUUAUAAUGAGCGAGGAAUUGCGAGAUAUUUUUGAUAAUAUAUACGAUGCGAAGAUACCAAAGACCUGGAAAGCUCGGUCAUGGGAGUCCGCUUCUUUGGGAUUCUGGUUUACGGAACUAUUGGAGAGGAACCAACAGUUUUCGACUUGGCUAUAUAGCGGGAGACCGAUAAAGUUCUGGAUGACUGGUUUCUUCAAUCCACAAGGAUUUUUGACAGCGAUGAAGCAAGAAAUAACGCGGGCCCAUAAGUGGGCUUUAGAUAACGUUACGGUUCAUAAUGAAGUCUUGCGCAAUAUAGCAGAAGAGAUCAAGAAACCGCCAUCUGAAGGUGUUUACGUUUAUGGUCUGUUUCUGGAGGGUGCCGGCUGGGAUCGAAGAAAUAGCCGUUUAUGCGAAUCGGCAAAUAAAGUUCUUUACGUAUUAAUGCCAGUGGUACAUAUUUUUGUUUUACAUAAUGCAGACAAAGUUCCUCUUCCACAGGAUAAAAAUCUGAAAUUAUAUCAAUGUCCCGUAUAUAAAAAACCUCAGAGAGGUUAUAUGUUCUUAAUAACAUCACUCCUGCUGCCAACGCUAAAAAGUCCCGAUCACUGGAUAUUACGUGGCGUUGCUCUAUUAUGUGAUAAUAAAUAAUUUAUUAUAAAUAAAGAGAGAUGAAAAGAGGUAUAUUGUACAGCUGGAAGUUUCCAUAAUAAACUUAUUAGGAAUAAA